CUUUCUUUCCCAAACCAAACCCUAAUUUUGUGGAGGAGGGAGGAGAGCUCGGCUAUGGCGGCAGCGAGGGCUUUUUCUCCUCUUCCUAGCUUGCGGCGGGCGCCACGGCAACGAGCGGCCGCUCGGAUUCCAAGCUGACAUCCAUCCCAGGGGAUUGUUCUGGGUGCAUGGCCUCCUUAACAUCAAAAUUUGAGCUGGAGUCAUCUGUUUCAGAUUCGGAGUACUUGAUAUCGCGGUAUGAAGCCGCUAUGAAGGCUUGGGAAGAUCUAAGGGAUCCAGCAGUAGCUGUUGACUUGUACAGACGCGCAGAGACAUAUCUGCUGGACACUCUAAAGCUGGAUUCUGUAGGGAGCAUCGAUGGCGGAAACUUUGGAAAAAUCUUUAAAGGUACGCUGAUGGAGAGCCAUGGAGAGAGGUUUGAGCUUAGCAGAGGGCCUUGGGUUAACGCAAAGAGGCACCAAACGCCGUCAAGGUCCAUUUUGAAAGGCGACCACAGCGAGAAAAUGAUAACAGUCGCUGUUAAGAAAAUCGACACUGGCGAAGUUGAACUGGAUGAGGUUGUGGAAGUCUUGAGGGAGGCCUGCAAUGUAAGGGUGCUACAAGGAACCAGGAAUGUGGUGCAUGUCUAUGGGGUUACCCGCAACAGCGAUCUCAAUGGCGUCUGCAUCGUCAUGGAGCUCGUGGAAGGCCCGCACGGUGAUCUUAGCAGGUUUCUUAAGUCUCGGGGUCCGGGCUUGGAAGAGCUUCCAUCUUGGUGGAAGACAAAGCUGGAAAUCUUCAUGGAGGUGGUGGUGGGAGUAAAGACUUGCCAUCGAAAUGGCGUUUACCACGGAGAUCUCAAAGGUAGAAACGUGCUUUUGGACAGCUUCUGCACGCCCAAGCUCGUAGACUUUGGAUUCAGCUUCAGGGUGAGAGACGUUGACUACCUCAACUCGCUGGGCGGGUCGCUGUUCUGGAUAUCGCCUGAGGUUUCAGAUGCGCUGGAUGAUCCAGAAGGCUUUAAGCUCAUUGUGGACAAUCCUUUCCCAUCAGAUGUAUACUCCUUGGGCAUGCUAUGGAUCGAGAUGUCCUGGGAUGGUUUCAUCCCUGAUGGCCCUGAGAAGCGUGAUGAGAUCAAGGAAAUUAUUGACAACAAGAGAUUCCCAGGCUGUCCAGUGACUCUUGAAAUUCCACCAGGCUUGAAACAGCCUGUGAUCGAGCCAGUUUUUGACGAGCUCUUUGCCAUGGUUGACGGCUGCUGCCAGGACCGUACAAAUAGAUUCUCCCUGGAGCAGUGCCUGGAACAUGCACACGCUGCUUAUGAUAAGCUAUGGAAUGUCGUCCGAUGCGACAGCUGCAACAACAACAACAACGAUGAUCUUGCAUUCGUUUCGUCGCCAGAGUACAGGGACAUGCUCAACCGUCUCAGGACAAGGUUCCCUAACGUUCUGGACGCUUUCGUUGAGCAGCCAAGCAAGAACAUGGUGGUGGACAUUGACGGGAACACGCUGCUACAUCUCUUUUGCAAGAUUGAUUUCAAAAUGGGCGUCGAGUAUAUCAUGGACAGAGCGGGGGUCACUUGGAGUUUCAACCCUGAAAGGGAUGUUUCCCGACUGUGCAGCAUCUGCGCCCGGCCAGGGAGUCCAGCUGUGCUGCGCUUCCUGGCCAGCAAAUGGAGAGACAUCGUUGUGCAGGAAGAGUGGCUACUGCACGAAGCAUGCGAUGGCCAAAGUGACGAGGUACUGUCCUAUCUUCUCUACGAUUUAGGAAUGGACUACGAUACAUGGCACCCGAGCAGCAACCUGAAACCGCUGCACAGAAUGGCGCAUCAAGGCAACACCAAACUGAUGAGAAUCCUGCUUGACUAUGUGCAGCAGCCCGACUACGUCAAUGUAGCGCUGGUUAACGAGUUCCAUACUCCACUUUCGUAUGCCAUCGAAGGUGACAAGGUGGGAGCGGUCAUGUUCCUGCUUGAAAGAGGGGGGACUCUGGGAACGACACAUGCGAAUGACCCGCAUUUUUUGAGAGAGUUGUUUUACCAUGCCAUGGACUUCUGGAGCUUAGCCGUGAUGACAGCGUUUCUGGAGCUGGACGUUUUCGUGAUUGAUGCAGCUUCCAAUGAUGGGAUAACUAGUUCUACAGCAAAGGUGGCGCAGCUGUUUCGACACAGGCAUCAUAUCGAGCCCCAACACCGGGCUUUUCUGCCACUUCUUAGGAUUUUUGUGGAGGCAUGUAAGAUGUAUGGAGUGGAGCCUUUCAGCCAUGCAUGCUCGAGAGAUGGGGACUGGUCAGUCUUCCAACUCCUCAUCUCGCAUUGGAAGGAUCCAGCCCGACAUGAUCGCGUUGAAGACAGGUUGUGGAGGAGCCUGGGGGCAAAUGGAAGCAGGGAAAUGGUUGAGUACGCAGCCGGGGUGCUCGACUUUGACGGCUGGUCCUUUGCCUGCCUUGCGCGAGCCGCCCGGCAGAAUGCUGAAGUGCUAGCCGUCUUGACAGAGAUGGGGAAACUCCCACACGACACCGAUGACGAGAGAAAGGAUGAAAGCAGUACUAGCGCCUACCAGACGGGGGAGCUUGAGGAAGCAAUUGAGAAGGGUGACGUUCAUCUCGUUUUUGACAAGCUGCAUAGCCUCCUCCGUUACGAGGAGGAUUACACGGACGUGAUCGCCAGUUUGGACCUUAACCAGGUAAUUGAUACCGAGGGAGGGGUGUUGGAAAAGCUGAGGAAGCUGAUACAUGAGCUUUCUUCCAAGGAGGAGUGGGCAGACUUGGGACAAUCUCUCAUGGCCGCGUGUGCUUUCAAAGGGGAAAAGGCCAUGGUGGAACUCCUUAUAAGUGAAGGUGGUGUUGUGCUGGACGGGCUAGAGUAUCACCAUGAUCAAGUGUCAACACCACUGUUGCAAGCAGUUGCUAGUCAGGACAGUGAGAUGGUGGAACUGCUACUGAGGGCGGGUGCGAGGCCCAACGCCGGAACAUCGGGAGAAACUGCAAUGGACAUUGCAGCGCGAUGUGGGAACCAAAGAAUUGUUCGGCUGCUCAUCCGCUAUAACUUUGACACGGGCAUGAGGGACAAGAACAAUGCAGCGUACAUGGACAUUGUGGCAUACAUGACUUCGAGGAAAUGGAAGAGGCAAAUUGGAUGAAAUCGAACAUCACAAAGUUUCGAUCGAAUUUGGAGGAAAGAGAUUGUAAUGUUUGUUGGUUUGAUUCGAUUCCACCUCCACAAAGGAGACUGAUGUUGCAUCACAACAACUCAUUCUUUUAGUGCUCCCAAACAUUGGGGGAUAUCCACAUCA